ACUUGUGCUUUUAAACGGUGUCAUUUAAUCGUUAUCCAAGUUUUAUCGUCAUCUGUCGAACGGAUAGGACGAAGAAGAAGAAACAAGUGUGAAAGUUGCAGAGCAAGAAAAAAAUGGCAACCAUGUCUGCUCUUCAGAGCUCUUUUACUUCUCUUUCUCUAUCUCCCAACUCUUCCUUCCUCGGCCAGCGUUUACUUUCCCCGAAUUCCCUCUCCGUUGCUUCUCCGGUCAAGCCCGCGGAGAACCCAUGUCUUGUUCUUGCAAAGCUCAAGCGUUGGGAACGAAAAGAAUGCAAACCAAACAGUCUUCCGAUUCUGCACAAAAUGCAUGUCAAGUUUGGAGAUACGGUGAAAGUGAUAUCUGGACGCGACAAGGGUAAAAUCGGAGAGGUCACUAAGAUCUUCACUCACAACAGUACCAUUGUGAUCAAAGAUGUUAACCUCAAAACAAAACACAUGAAGAGCAAAGAAGAGGGAGAACCUGGUCAAAUUGUUAAGAUAGAAGCACCUAUCCACAGCUCAAAUGUGAUGUUGUAUUCAAAAGAAAAAGACGUAGUAAGCCGGGUGGGUCACAAGGUGCUUGAAGAUGGACAGAAGGUAAGAUAUCUGAUCAAAACAGGGGAACUUAUCGACACCAUUGAGAAGUGGAAGCAACUUAAGGAGGCUAAGGAUAAAGAAACCACCCAAGUUGCAGUUACCUCCGCAUCUUAGCGUCUCAUUUCUUUCUUCUUCAGUGCACUUUUGAUAUAAUAGACCUAUGCAUUGGAUGGAUGUAUUGAAUCCCUUUUAAGGUAAAUUAUAAAAUUUCUGCCUCAUA